AUAACCUUGAUCACCAUGAUGACCAAUGCUAUCGUGAAGUAAUAAGAACAAGUCAACAAUCUUCUUGUCGUUCCUACUCAAUCCUGCACUCUUUUGCUUCUACAAAGCUAUAUAUUCAAGCACAAUACGACGAUGAGUUCCCUCGAUAUCACAGCUACAAGAAAAUGCUUCCCCGCAUUGGACAAGAAACAAGUGUAUCUUGACAAUGCAGGCGGUAGUCAAACACUAGGGACUGUUAUAGACAGGUAUAUUGAUAUUUCAUUGCCACAUAUCUCACUCUAUGAGAUAUACAUACAGAUAAUCUCACACAUAUAAAGGAUCCAUGACUACCUGAUCAAUUCCAAUGUCCAACUCGGCGGUUCAUACAAUGUGGGCAAGCAAGCAAAUACAAGUUACGCUACAGGAUAUGAAGCAGCGGCAAAAUACAUCAAUACAUCCCCAUCCAAUAUUGGUAAAUCUCGUUCUCUUCUCUUCAUCGAUUAACCCAUGCACUGACAUUAUCCCUCAGUCCUCGGUUCGAGCACAACCCAGAAUUUUCGAAACCUUUCUCAGGCACUCGACUUUCCACCAGACUCUGAGUUGAUCAUAUCAUCCAUUGAUCAUGAAUCCAAUAUUGCAUCCUGGGUCGCCCUCGCUGCAUCCCAAAAGUUGAACAUUAAAUGGUGGACUCCGCCUUCGUCCAACAACCCCAUUCUCACUCCCGAGUCACUGUGUGUUUAUCCGUCUCUUUAAUUUCUCAUUUCCAAAUUUUAACUCUGGUUGCAUACUUCCUUCAAUUCUGUCUACUCCUUUCCCUGUCCAAUACAAGUCAGGCACAUGCAAUUUUCUCAGAGUCUAUGCGGCCAGAUAAUUAAUUCAUUUGUGUUCUAGUCGUCCCUUACUUUCCCCCAAAACCGCACUUGUAACCCUCACCCACGCCUCUAACAUCCUUGGUACUAUCCAUGAUAUUCGCGCCAGUAAGCAAAAAUUAUUCCUUUGCACUGUUCCUUUGCAUAGCAGUCCACCAUGAUGAUAUUAAUUUUGACCAUUGACCUGCCAUGUUCCCCACUUCCCAUCUAACUUCCUUUCUAAACCCACCUCAAAUCUCAAGUCCCAGCUACUCACCUCACUCUUAGUAUCCGAUCUCGUCCACACUAUUCCCGGCGCACUUGUCUGCGUCGACGGUGUAGCCUAUGCCCCUCAUCGUGCCCUCGACGUCCAAGACCUAGGCGUCGAUUUUUACGCUUUUAGCUGGUACAAAGUCUACGGCCCGCAUAUUUCCCUCCUCUAUUCCUCCCCGUCGGCUCUCAAAACCCUCAAAACUCUCGGCCACUUUUUCAAUCCCGUGAGCAUAGCUUUUCUGAUUUCCCAUACCUCAAAUCUCCACUCCCUAAAACAACCUUCCUCCACUCUCCCCCACCCUCAAGAAACCCUCUCUACAAACCCUCACUAACCCACUUUCUCCACCCUAGUCCACAACCCUCGCCGACAAACUCGGUCUCGCGGGCUCCAACUACGAACUAACCAGUUCCAUCCCCCAAGUCACCGAAUACCUUGCCACGCAAUCCUGGCACUCCAUCCGUCUCCACGAAGAAACGCUCCAAAAAUCUCUCCUGCAAUAUCUCCUCUCCCGUCCCGAUAUCCAGAUCCUCGGCGAACAAUCCUGGGAUACGAGUAAGCGCGUUUGUACGAUUAGUCUUACGGUGGAAGGGAAAGGGAGUAGGGAGUUUGUGGAAUUGGUCGAUGAGAAGAGUAGUGGUGAGGUGGGUAUUCGUUGGGGUAUGUUUUAUAGUAAUCGCUUGUGUGGGGAGGUAUUGGGGUUGGGGGAGGAGGGUGUGGUGAGGGUUAGUUUGGUGCAUUAUAAUAGUUGUGAGUUUUGUCUUUUCUUUUCUUCCUUUUUAUUUUGUAGUGUUAAGUGUCAUAUUGUGCUUUUCAGUGUUUGCGAUGGGGAUGGUUGGAUGAAUGCUAAUGUAUGUGGACUUAGUGGAGGAAGUAAAUCGCUUGAUUGAGAUUUUUGACGAGAUUCUUGGGAAAGCAUAGAUAGGUGCACAUUCGGAUACAUUUAUAGAAAAGAAUCAAUUGACAAUCUUACUUGCUAACUAACGAAGUCGAAAAACUCAAUAACCAUAACAAAUUCAACAUCCCACAGAUUAACCCCUAACCCUUAA